GGAAGCCUUCGGUUAUACCGUGAUCACGUGGUACGCAUUACCUCACAUGUCGUUCUUUAUCGGAUGUACAGCCUCGCUCCUAAGUAUCGCCAUGUUAUCCAUGGAACGUUCGAUUGCUGUGAACGCCAACUACCACAGAAAACUUCCAAGAAAACGAGCCGUUAACAUGUCCGUCGCGAUCUGGAUCUUCUCUUUUACAUUUCCUUGUAUCUACUUCCAAAUUGGUUAUUUCAAAUUCGCUUUCAUCUUUGCAAUCUUAAUGAUCAUUGUCACAUUCGUUGCUAUGGUGAUAGCUUUCAUACGUAUCCAUUGCAGCAUAAGGAGCACGACAGCCAGAGUCUUAACUGUUCAGCCCAUGGGAUCUGCUAACGAAAAGACUUCACAAAUAGAACUAAAACGUGCCGAGAGAGAGCGGCGAGUGACUAGAAUAUUUACAGCUAUUCUUAUCUUCUACACGAUAUGCAACUUACCCGCAUUUGUGUUCAUCUUUGUCGUCAACUUUUGCUCAAGCUGCAGUUGUAUUUUCAUCCACUGGUCACGUGACCUCCUUCUCUUGUGCGCAUUGGUCAACUGUUCGGGCAACCAGUUUCUUUAUGCUUGGAGAAUGAAGAGUUUUACGAGGGCUUUCCGUUCGUUAGUGCAUCUACCGCUGACCGACGAAGCAUCAGUGAUCCAAACACGAGAUACGCGUGACAAACAAUGAUCAAUAGCUACUCAUUCAAACUUUUGCACGCACAAUACUCAAUGUAAAACUUAUAAAACUAAUAAUAAUGAACGAUAAAUAAGUGACGCAUGCGUUGUUAAAACGACCGAAGGAAGCUUUGAAAACACUAAAGGUAAGUUCCAAUAAUCAUUACUUCCAUCUUURCAGAUCUUAAUUUCGCUUUCUAAA